AGAUUACAUAAUCAUUGUGUUUGUAUAUAAAAAAAACUAGUCUUCAUUAAUGUUUGUUUUUAGAAUCUAGUGCGGGAUGUUGCUUAGCCACAAAGAAAAAUUGCUGUAAUAUUGGCCGCAUAAACUUGGGAAAUAAACCCGGAUUCGGUAGUUGCGUCACUCUGAACAAUGUCUGCUGAGGAGAAUGGCGAGGUCGGGUCGAAGAAGGGAAUCGACCUGGACGACAUCCUGGUGGAGGAGGUGGGGCAGGUGGGGCGCUACCAGCUGACCGUCCUCGCGCUCGUCGCCUUCCCUGUCAUAUUCUCUGGAUUCACGACAGAAUACGUCUUUACGACAGCUAGGAUACCCACCAGGUGUCUAAUCCCACAAUGUGACGGCCAAGAUCCAGAGUUUAGUCCGCCAUGGCUCGCGAGCGCGCUGCCGGUCGCCAGCGGCGGCUUCGAUCAGUGCGCCAGGUUCAGCAACAGCAGUCUCCAAGACCCCGACGCAGCCGAGGCAUGCCCUGCCUCGUGGUUCGACAACUCCACCGUCGUGGCCUGCGACCAGUAUGUGUACGAGAAUACGUAUAGUGUUGUGUACGAAUUCGGGCUGGCGUGCGACGAGUGGCGCCGGUCGCUGAUCGGGUCGGUGCGCGUGAUGGGUGACCUGCUGGUGCUGCCUCUGACGGGCUACGUGUCGGACCGCUGGGGCCGGCGCGUGGCCGUCACCAUCAACGCCUUCAACCUGGCCUGGACCGGCUUCGCACGAUCCUUCGUCAACAGCUACGAGUGGUUCUUAGCUAUGGAGGUGCUUGAGUCUGCUAUAGGUGCCGGGACUUACUCUUCUUGCUAUAUUUUAGUUGCGGAGAUGUUUGGCCCCAAAUACCGUGUGAUAACAGGUGCAUCACUUUCAACAAUGUUUGCGAUCGGCCAAAUAAUACUGAGCUUCAUAGCGUGGGGCGUUCCCGCGUGGAGGACUCUGACUCGGGUCGUCUACGGCCCGUUACUGCUCGUCAUCUCAUAUUAUUGGCUGCUCACCGAAUCUGUGCGAUGGCUGAUGAGUAAAGGUCGCUAUGAAGAAGCGGAGGCGAUCUUAAGAAAAGUGGCUCAAAGAAAUAAAAAAAAAUUAUCUGAUAAAUCUCUUGAAGCGUUUCGAGAGUCUGUAGAAGCAGAAAAAAAUAUAGUAAAGCCUAAAGAAGUAUGGCUACCGCUUCAAGUAUUAAGAUCCCCAGUAAUUUUGUCUCGGUGUUGCGUAACUCCAAUUUGGUGGAUAACUACCACUUUAGUAUACUACGGGAUGAGCGUAAACGCAGUAAACCUCUCAGGAAAUUCUUACCUCAAUUAUGCAAUUGUGGCAGCAGUAGAAAUUCCUGGUUACUGGACAGCAAUAUUAUUGUUGGAUAGAAUCGGAAGAAAAGCUAUGAUGAUUUCGGCCUACGGAUUGUGUGCAAUUUGUCAAUUUACAUUUGCCUUUUCAUCUUCAGAAAUGGAAGGACUAAACUUGGCGGUGUACCUGAUCGGCAAGUACAGCAUCUCGAUCGUGGUGACGUCGAUGUACGUGUACACGGCCGAGCUCUACCCCACCAAGUACCGCCACAACCUGUUCGCCUUCUCCUCCAUGAUCGGCAGGAUCGGCUCCAUCACCGCACCACUUACACCAGCUCUGGCUUUGACGGUAUGGGCCAACUUGCCGUCGGUGCUGUUCGGCAGCUUCGCGCUGCUGUCGGCGCUGCUGGUGCUCACGACGCCGGAGACGCUCGGCACCAAGCUGCCCGACACCAUGCGCGACGCCGAGGACCUGGCCAGCAGAAAGAUCUCGACUCGCAAGCACUAGCAAUGCAUUAU